CACAUAGACAGGACACACACACAGAGCCAAGACAUAGCCACGACACACAUACAGGCAGACGCAUUCACACUCCGAACCUGCAACCCCUUUCGCCGGUGCCCCCGUGUCAAGCUUGCAGUUUCCACAGUGGCCGGAGUGCAACCGAGCGAGGAACCUGGGAAGCCGGAGUCAGGGAGGAGAAAUUUCGAGCCCAAGUCAAAAACUGCAUCCGACCGCCUUCGGAAAUCGUCAUCGCCAUCGCCAUCACUGUUUACUACCUCAACGAGCACAGGACCAGGAGCAUCGUCGUCUUUAAGAGAAAGGGCAUAAGCGUCAACAGUGCCAUCCGAUUGUCAGUAGCGCAUCAUAUCGAAAACAUCGUCAUCGUAAUUAUCAUCAACAUUUGUAUGAAAAGUUUUUAACGGUGUGUUGCAAUUCUGAGAAAGUUUGGACUCGCAAAGGCAGAUUGAAAAAAAGAAGCUACUACCGCUUAAUUAAAUACCGAUUAUAUUAACCACUUAUUAAGACUUAUAUUUCUCCAGUGGUGAGGUCAAAGGGUACCAAAGCUACUUUUAACGGGACCCCUCAAAGUCAUGGCAAACACAACCAAGACGUUGCAAUGCAUAGACUAUCACGGCUACAACUGCAGCGGGACGAGCCUGCCGGAGAAAAGCCGACCGAUCAUCCUCAUCAUCAUCAGCUUCUUCAUCGUGGUUACGAUCCUCAGCAAGAUGCUCAUCAUCAGCUCAGUCAUCAUCUUCCGGCAGCUGCAGACUCACACCAACAUCCUCGCGAUGUCCCUCGCCGUCUCCGACUUCGGCUUGGGGUCCAUAGUGAUGCCCCUGCGUAUGGUGGGCACCGUCUACAACUGCUGGUUCUACGACUACAGCUUCUGCAACGUCUUAUAUUUCGUUGACUACACCCUCUGCACCUCCUCCAUCUUCCACCUGAGCUGCAUUGCCUUCGACCGCUACGUGGCCAUCUGCGACCCGCUGCGCUACGCUCAGCGCAUCACGAAACGCACCCUCGUGGCGAUGCUGCUCAUCUGCUGGUUCGGGGCGGCGCUCUUCACCUCGCCAAGCCUGCUGAGCUUCAGCCCCCAGCUCAUUCCCAGCGCCAUCAAGAGGGUGGGCUGCCCGGACGACUGUCUCUUUAGCGUCGACAUCACACUGCACUUCUUCUACGGCGCCUGCCCCUACUUCCUGACCAUGCUCGUCAUCACGGCCAUGUACGCGCGCAUCUACCACGUGGCGCGCACCCAGGCUCGGCAGAUCAAGGCAGCGACCACAAAGGUCCAAAGCCAAGGCCAACAGAGGGUGAGCAACAUCCGACGUGAGCACAACGCCACGGUGACUCUGGGCAGUAUCAUUGGAGCUUUCUUCCUCUCGUGGAUGCCCUUCUACAUCAUCGUGCUCGUCUUCCCGUUUGUCGGGGACUGCGACGUCGAGUACGAGGUGGCCACUUGGAUGGGCUACAUCAGCUCGGCCGUCAACCCACUCCUCUACGCCUCCUUCAACCGCCAGUUCCGUGGCGCCUUCCGCAAGAUCCUCAGUCUUCGGAUUUUCAGGGCGGGAGAGAGGAACUUUAAGUUGUCCGAAUGAAGUGCGGGUUGCGUUUCUCAUUGCGAUACCAUGGCCUCUGUGACGAUGAAGAAACGUCACUUCCUGUAGUUUUAGACUUCGCUCUAACAUUGGUAUGAUACUGCACUGUUUGCAAGACUACUUGUCCAUCUUGUAUCUACAGUGGUCUCUCGGUGAACGAUAUUAAUUGGUGCCACGAAACCCAUCGUUAUUUAAAAAUUUCGUUAAUCUUAAUGCUCCAAGACGAUUAGAAGUUGACCUUUUUCACUCAAAAAACAUAGUUUAUUAUAUUUAUACAUGCAGUGUUAAUAAAUAAACGUCAUAAGAACCUUUUAACUAAUUAAUAUAAACAUGGAUAAAUAAGUAACAGAGCCUAAAAAGCUGAAUAAAUAGAGCAUGACAUACCUUAGGCUAAGAAGAUGGAAUGGCUUCAGGAGUUUAUGAAGAAGUUGGUGUGGGAGAAAACGUUUUCCUAACUGUCUUGUCUUUGUUCGCAUUCAUUUUAGGGGCCAUUGUUAUUGAUCUUAUUUAAGUUUUAAGUAAAAAAAAAGACAAAGUAUUCAAGAGAGUUGUUUCCAUAAGCAACGAACAUCCAAUAUUCAAAAGCGAGCUGUCAGUUGCUCUCAAAAUGCUCAUAAAAGGGCGUCGUCGAUUGGCUAAGGUCUGCUGCAGCCACUAGGAGCGCUCCGAUUGGCCGAAAUCGGCUUCAGCGUGAUAUGGUAAACACAUAUCGUUCCUCUAAAAUGUAUCAAUAACAGAAACAAUGGGACCCUAUGGGAGGCAAGAUGGUUAACCGAAAUAUCGUUAACCGAUGGCAUCGAUCACCGAGGGACCACUGUGCCUCUGUUAAAUUGUUCCCUUAGACCAGUGGUUCUUCACCUGGGAUGCGCGCUUUCGCGGGGGGUGCGAGAUGCCCUUUCUGAAAAUGCCGUCCAUAAAUGA